AUGGACAAGGGUCAAAAGGUUAGCAAAGUACAUAAAGCGAAGAAGACCAUAAAACCGACUCGAGUGGUAAGUUCUUUUCUGUUUUAUUAUUAUUUUAUGUUAAGGUAGAUGAUGAUUCAAACUUUAGGUGGAUGACGAAAAAGAAGCGACAAUCUUCGAAGAGGUGGCGGCGCCAAUCCAGCCCGCCACCGACGAACGGAUGCGAGAACUGGAUAAACAACGGAAACUGAAGAAGCUGCAGGAGCAGAAAAAGAAGCUCCCAACUCCAAAGUCUGCACCGGAGCCAAAAAAGGACAGUGAUAAGGUUGAGGGCGAAGCCGUCUCCAAGGUCGAGGACUACGCGGCCGAUGAGGAUGAGGUGCAGUCGAAACGGGCCGCUUUCUCUUACAGAUCACAAUGGACGACUACUGUGGAGCCGGGAGAGUCGAGUAAAUCGCACAAAAUUAAGGUAGGGCCGUGGGUUUUGGACUAUUAUGGGCUUUGGACUAAAAAUUUGUAUUUUUAUUAUCCCGCCAAUUUUGGCAUCGUGUUGUAAGGGCUUUUAAUGAUAAAAAAUUAAAUUUUAUGUUAGUAAUCACUACUAAAAACAGUUUUUUACUUGUUAUAGACAUCAAAAAUGAUUAUUUUAAAUGUUCAUUUUUGAAUUGAAUUUUUCCCGCCAAAUUUGGCAUUGUGUUUCAAAGGUCGAAAAUAGCGGAAAAUGACAUUUUAUAUAAGUAGUAACUACCAAAGCCCAUUUUUUGCUUGUUUUAGACAUAAAAAAUGAUUAUUUUGAGUUUUGAUUUCUGAAUUUUAAUUUUUCCGCCGAAAUUGGCAUUGUGUUUUAGGGCUAAAAAUCUAAAAAAUCUUGUAUUUCUUAGUGUGGAAAUGCGUUUUUGAUGAAACAUUUUAACCGAUUCUUCAAUUGGGCGGAUUUUACAUUUUUGAAUUUUGAUUUUCCCGCCAAGUUUGGCAUUCUGUUUUUAUGGCCUUUAAUGGUGGUUUUGAAGUACAAGGCUGUAAAAAUAGGCUUAAAUGAAAGCAAUGCAUAUUUUUUAUAAAUUUUAAAUUAAUUUUUUUUAAGUCCAAUUUUAAAAAUUUAAAAUUUCGUAUUUUAGAACGUGUCAGGCAUGGAGAAGUCGCCCCAACGGCGAAAGAAGCACAAAACCUCGAAAACCAAACAAAAAUCGAGCAAAAAGAUGAAAGACGAUGGUAAACUGGUACCGGUGGGGCCGGAAGUCAAUACUAAACUCAAAACAACCGAAACCAGGACUAGGACCACUACGACCGUUAGCCAGCUGGAAAUGUCAUUCUCAUACCACGAUGAUGACAAAGUGGAGAAACCGGCCGUCUCGGAGAAAGAGGUACCAAUCAUGUCGGAGAGAGAGGUACCAGUAAUGUCGGACAGAGAAGGACCAGUGAUAUCAGAGAAGGAGAUAUCAAUAAUGUCAGAGAAGAAAGGAGUACCAAACAGGAGGGACCAGAAAGGCAAGUUGGUACCGGUUGAGAGGUUGGACAAAGCGGUACCAGCUAACAAAAGUUUGAUGGUCCAGAACAGCAAAAGUGGUACACCUCAACGUGACAAAAGUGGUACACCGGACAAGAAUAUUACAUCUCAAGCGGACAAGUCUAGUACACCUCAAGCGGACAAGUCUGGUACAUCUCAAGCGGACAAGUCUAGUACACCUCAAGCGGACAAGUCUGGUACAACCCAAGCGGACAAGUCUGGUACAGCUCAGCCUGAUAAAAGUACCAAAGUUAAGACUGACAACAAUGUUACUGUAGCUAAAACUGCACCAGUUGAGGCAUCCAGUAAAUCUCCGAAAAGUGCACCACCUGACGUAUCUAGUAAAGCACCAAAAAAUGCACCAAGCGUGCGUAGUUCAGUGAGCACUAGUUUAGUACCAAAAAAUAUACCAAAACAACCAGAAUCGACUAGUCCAGCCCCGAAAAGUGCAUCAGAUCAAGAUGCCAAAAAUGGUACAGUUCAAGAUAGUAAAGGUGGUACGGUUCAAGAUGUCAAAGGUGGUUCAGUUCAAGAUGGUAAAGGUUUUGCAGUUCAAGAUGGCAAAACUGGUGCAGUUCAAGAUGGCAAAGAUGGUACAGUUGUAGAUGGCAAAGGUGGUGCAGUUCAAGAAGGCAAAGGUGGUACAGUUGUAGAUGGCAAAGGUGGUGCAGUUCAAGAUGGCAAAACUGGUACAGUUCAAGAUGGCAAAGGUGGUGCAGAUCAAAGCGGAAAAACGGCUCCAUUACUAAAAAAUGAACCAGCUGGUCCAGGUCCGACUCAAAAGUCUGAUUCAGUACCAAAAGCCGACAAAAUGGUACCAAAAGUACCAGAAACAAAAAGUGAACCAGGCACAUCAAAAAGUGGGACAGAAGUACCAAAUGCAUCAAAACAGACAGAAGCGACUAGUCCGGUACCAAAAAGUGCAUCAAGUCAAGAUGCCAAAAGUCGUACCGUUCCGGAAGGCAAAGGUGGUGCAGUUCAAAAUGAUAAAGGUGGUACUGUUCAUGAUAUCAAAGGUGGUGCAGUUCAAGAUGGAAAAAGUAGUACUGUUCAAGAUGGCAAAGGUGGUGCAGAUCAGAGUAGAAAAACGGUUUCAGUACCAAAGAAUAAACUGGCUAGUCCUAAGCCAAGUCCGACUGAGAAGACCAGUCCAGCACCGAAAGUUGGGCCAUCGGCCGACAAGUUGGUACCAAAAGCAGCAGAAACAAAAAGUGAUACGGGCACACCUAAAAGUGGGGCAGAAUUACUAAGCGGACCAAAAAGUGGACCAACAACGCCAAAAGGUGUACCAGAAACGAAAAGUGGACCAGAAUUACCAAAAGGGGGGACCAGGAACAACGAAUAG